AUAGAAACCCACGGAAGCUCAGAACCGAGUUGCCAUGGCGCAAGCGCAUUGGGUCGCUCCCAUGAAAUUAGCCGAGCCAGUGGUGUGGAAAGAUCUUUAGCCUCAUGCGACGGGUGUACCCUCAAGUGCUACAAUCAGAGCAAACAGUACAGGAGCUUCGCUCUGAAAUUGAAGAAGUAGAAGUGCAGGCUCAGGAGAGCCACACCGAACUGAAUGAACGUACACGGGAGAUUCAAGACUUGAGGAGCUCAUUGGGUUCCGUGGAGCGUCGCAAAGCUGUUCGAAAGGAUGCCAUCUCUAUUUCCAGAGCGAAGAGUCGCAGAUUUGAAGAAGAAAUGGAAGCAACUCGCUUGGACCAAGAUCGCCUCUCAGAGCAGCUCCAGAGCUAUCUCCAUGAAAACGUCGUUGAUGAAAACUUGUUGGCAAGAGCUGCUGAAGAGAGACGUCAUGUGCUGGAGGAGACCAAACGCAAUGAGCUUGUCGUUCAGAAGAGCAUGCAACGAUCGGGAGGGAUACAGCUGCAGUGCUUGGGGACGAAUGCAGAUCUUGAAAAGGUUGAUCUGGAGAAUGACAGCCUGGAGGAUGAGUUGUCCGGAGCAGAAUUUCAUAGCUCAAGGCAGCGCCUCUACCUUGCAAUGGAAGAGACUGAAGCAUCGACUCAGUUUCACAAUACCUGCGAGGCGAAGGCCGCAAAUGUUCAAAGCCAUAGACAAGUGGACAAUUUAGAAGAAACCCGGCACUCGCUGGAAAAGCGCUUGCGGGAGCUGGUGGAUGCAAUGCAUGAAGGAGACUCGUUGGCGGUAGAGCUGGCUAAGGCUGGAGAACAUGGCACAUCUUUGCAGUUCUAUUUGAGUGAGAUGUACAACAUGGUGCGCGAGAGAGGUGAAGUCUUAGAGGGAGUUUGCAGUUCUCAUGCAGAACUGAGACAAACUCUAGAAGAGUCUGAGCAACAGGCAUGCUUGGCGCAAGAGGAAGCAAAGCAGCUCUCAUCCGACAGAGAUGUGGCACAUGCAAGAUGCCAGGAGGAGCAAACGGAGUUUGCAACUGCGGAAGCGAAGAUGUUUCAUGCGGAAAGCCAGCUUGAAAGUGAGCAUGCUGAAGCAGACACACACUUACAACAUGCCAAAGGACAACGCGCCACUGCCUCUGAACGAGUUGACCGAAUGACGGAGAACACGAACAAUCUGAAGGGUCAAUUGCAAAGUCUCCAGGACGAGACCAAGCAUUUGCAAAGCAGAAUUGCCUUCUUUGAAUCAGACACUAGCGACUUGAAAGCACAGAAUGAGAAUCUAGAACAAACCAUUGAAGAAACCAAGAAGAAAAUGAAUUGUGUCAUCUCGUAAGCCUGGUCAUUUGCUCGUCAUCAUGUUGACUAUGCUCAUGAGCGGCACGGUGCAAUGUAUAGUAUAGUGCAAUGGUGUUUUUUGGCUUUUCUAUGCUAACUGGCUAGUCUUUAAGUCUUUCAGGCUAAGCGCCUGAAAGCAGCCAGCGAAGAAGCUGAGCUGUGAUGCAAAUAGUGACAUGCUGGUGCUUGUGACUGGCACGGCAGAGCCGUCAUGGAAUCACGUGGCAGUUUGCUGGUGCUGGCUUUGCAAACAAGCCCAUGGCAGUUGAGAAAGGACCUCCCGCGAAAACCGCGGGCAAAGAUUGUGCUGUGAGAUCAAAUUGCAGUCGGCCCCUCUGGAGAGCAGAUGUUUGCCACACUGUGGAAUUGUGUGGAUGCAGCAUGUGCUCGGUUGUCUCGCCGCCAAUCUCGGAAUCUCGGCAGC